UUUACACUUAUUUAAUGAUAUUUUUUAAAUCUAGAAGUAAUGAUAGUGUGUGCCUUUGUGUCUCAAACAAUAGCUCCAUGUGUCCCUCUCAGGCAAUGUGAAAUUGUAAUGCUGUAUGUUCCACCACCACCACCAACUUGGGCAACAAUGUAAAACUCAUUUCAUGGCCCUAAUGGAGGGGAAACUGUAUUCCUCUUGUUUAGAGUGAAUGAGUCACUUUAACACAGUGUCUGAGGGGAGAGAAGCAAGUGAGGGUGUUACAGUUUUCUUGGGCAGCAAAUACAAAAACGAAGCCUGAAGCCUUAGCUCUUUCUGUAUGUGGUUUUUAUUUCUCACAGCAGCCUAGUGUCUAUUUAACAUAUGGGAGUGGUUUCAAGUGCAUUCCUAAAGCUUAGAGGCUAAAGUGCUUUGUGGGCUUGGCUAUGACUUAAGUUGCCUAUGGGGAGUCAGCCAAAACCGGGGCUUGGGAACCGACUGCUUUCCCCGCGUAUGUGGCUUCUGUGGUAGUCAGUUUUUUCUCCUCUCGGCUAUCAGCUGCUUUGGAGAUUAGUUGCAUAGUAAGGAUUCUUUCUUUAAAGCAAGAUGAAGAGACUGCUCUCACAGGGGCACCAGGCUUCUCUAACCCGGUCCCUAUUCUCUGAGUAUCCAUGCUUUGCCUCUGUCGUUCCGUGGUCCUCAGACUGAAUACAGUCCCCCAAGUGUAGACUGACUAGCAGGCGGGGUGAUUGGCUGCUUCUCUGGGUGAGGAGACCAAGCUUAAGGGAGCUGGGGGACUUGCGACAGGCUGUAGAAGGGAGAGCCGGAUUCAGGCCCAAGUCUGCCGACUGCAGCUCCCGCCGUUCUUGCUGCUCCCUAUAAGACACCUGAAGUAAGCCCCUUUUCUUUUACCCUGUCUCAAGUCAACAUGUCCCUGAAAAAUGAGCCAAGAGUAAAUACCUCUGCACUGCAGAAAAUCGCUGCUGACAUGAGUAAUUUGAUAGAAAAUCUGGACACGCGGGAGCUCCACUUCGAGGGAGAGGAGGUGGACUACGAUGUGUCCCCUACUGAUCCCAAGAUACAAGAAGUGUAUAUCCCUUUCUCUGCUAUUUAUAAGACUCAAGGAUUUAAGGAGCCUGAUGUACAGACGUAUCUCUCUGGCUGUCCAAUAAAAGUGCAGGUUCUGGAAGUGGAGCGCUUUACGUCUACAACAAGGGUACCAAGCACCAAUCUUUACACUAUUGAAUUAACACAUGGGGAAUUUAAAUGGCAAGUCAAGAGGAAAUUCAAGCACUUCCAGGAAUUCCACAGAGAACUGCUCAAGUACAAAGCCUUUAUCCGAAUCCCCAUUCCCACCAAAAGACAUACAUUUAGAAGACAGAAUGUCAAAGAAGAGCCUCGAGAGAUGCCAAGCUUGCCCCGUUCAUCUGAAAACAUGAUCCAAGAGCAGUUCUUUGGUAAAAGGAAACAACUGGAGGAUUACUUGACGAAGCUACUGAAAAUGCCCAUGUAUAGAAACUAUCAUGCAACGACGGAAUUCCUUGAUAUAAGCCAGCUGUCUUUCAUCCAUGAUUUGGGACCAAAGGGCAUAGAAGGUAUGAUCAUGAAAAGAUCCGGGGGACACAGAAUACCAGGCUUGAAUUGCUGUGGUCAGGGAAGAGCCUGCUACCGGUGGUCAAAAAGGUGGUUGAUAGUGAAGGACUCCUUUUUACUGUACAUGAAACCAGACAGCGGUGCCAUUGCCUUCGUCCUGCUGGUAGACAAAGAAUUCAGAAUUAAGAUGGGCAGGAAGGAGACAGAGACGAAAUACGGACUCCGAAUUGAUAAUCUUUCAAGGACACUUAUUUUAAAAUGCAACAGCUAUAGACAUGCUCGGUGGUGGGGAGGAGCUAUAGAAGAAUUCAUCCAGAAAUAUGGCACCAACUUUCUCAAAGAUCAUCGAUUUGGGUCAUAUGCUGCAAUCCAAGAGAACACUUUAGCUAAAUGGUAUGUCAAUGCCAAAGGAUAUUUUGAAGAUGUGGCAGAUGCAAUGGAGGAGGCAAAAGAAGAGAUUUUCAUCACAGAUUGGUGGUUGAGUCCAGAAAUCUUCCUGAAACGCCCGGUGGUUGAAGGAAAUCGCUGGAGACUGGACUGCAUUCUUAAACGAAAAGCACAACAGGGGGUGAGGAUCUUCGUUAUGCUCUACAAAGAGGUGGAACUUGCUCUUGGAAUCAACAGUGAAUACAGCAAGAGGAUUUUGAUGCAUCUACACCCCAACAUAAAGGUGAUGAGGCACCCAGAUCAUGUGUCGUCCAGCGUCUAUCUGUGGGCUCAUCACGAGAAACUCGUCAUCAUCGACCAGUCAGUGGCCUUUUUGGGUGGAAUCGAUCUGGCCUACGGAAGGUGGGAUGACAGUGAACACAGACUCACAGACGUCGGCAGCGUGAAGCGCGUCAUCAUGGGACCGUCUCCAGGCUCCCUCACGGCUGAAACAACAGAGUCUAUGGAAUCCUUAAGCCACAAAGAUAAAAACGAAUCUAAUAAAACUCCGCCCGUCCUGAAGAAUGUUGAUGAUAGGGACUCAAAACUGAAAGGAAUAGGAAAGCCGGGAAAAUUCUCCAAGUUCAGCCUGUACCGGCAGCUGCACAGGCACCACCUGCACAACGCAGACAGCAUCAGCAGCAUCGACAGCGCCUCCAGUUAUUGUAAUCACUGUAGGAGCCGUCAGAAUUUAAUCCAUGGUUUAAAACCUCACUUGAGACUCUUUCGCUCUUCCAGUGAGUCUGAGCAGGGGCUCACUGGACCUAACACGGACACUGGCUCCAUCCGGAGUUUACAGACCGGAGUGGGAGAGCUCCACGGGGAAACCAGAUUCUGGCAUGGAAAGGACUACUGUAAUUUUGUCUUCAAAGACUGGGUUCAGCUGGAUAAGCCUUUUGCUGAUUUCAUUGACAGGUACUCCACCCCCCGGAUGCCAUGGCACGACAUCGCCUCUGCAGUCCACGGGAAGGCGGCUCGCGAUGUGGCGCGUCACUUCAUCCAGCGCUGGAAUUUCACGAAGAUUAUGAAAUCAAAAUAUCGGUCCCUUUCUUAUCCUUUUCUGCUUCCAAAAUCUCAAACAACAGCCCAUGAAUUGAAAUAUCAAGUGCCUGGGUCUGUGCGUGCUAACGUGCAGUUGCUCCGCUCUGCUGCCGAUUGGUCUGCUGGUAUAAAGUACCACGAAGAAUCCAUCCACUCUGCUUACAUCUAUGUGAUAGAGAACAGCAAGCACUAUAUCUAUAUAGAAAACCAAUUUUUCAUAAGCUGCGCUGAUGACAAAGUUGUGUUUAAUAAGAUAGGCGAUGCCAUUGCUCAGAGGAUACUCAAAGCUCACAGGGAAGGCCAGAGAUACCGGGUGUACGUUGUGAUACCACUUCUUCCAGGUUUUGAAGGAGACAUUUCAACUGGUGGAGGAAAUGCUCUGCAGGCGAUAAUGCACUUCAACUACAGAACCAUGUGCAGAGGAGAAAAUUCCAUCCUUGGACAGUUAAGAACAGAGCUUGGCAAUCAGUGGAUAAAUUACAUAUCCUUCUGUGGUCUUAGAACACAUGCAGAGCUGGAAGGAAACCUGGUCACCGAGCUCAUCUAUGUCCACAGCAAGUUGCUAAUUGCUGAUGACAACACUGUUAUUAUUGGCUCUGCCAACAUAAAUGACCGGAGCAUGCUGGGGAAACGUGACAGUGAGAUGGCCGUCAUCAUGCAGGACACGGAGUUGGUCCCUUCGGUAAUGGAUGGAAAAGAGUACCAAGCUGGCCGGUUCGCCCAGGGGCUUCGGCUGCAGUGCUUCCGGGUUGUCCUCGGCUAUCUUUCUGGCUCCAGUGAAGACAUUCAGGAUCCAGUGAGUGACAAAUUCUUCAAGGAGGUGUGGGUUUCAACGGCAGCUCGAAAUGCUACAAUUUAUGAUAAGGUGUUCCGGUGCCUUCCCAACGAUGAAGUACACAAUUUAAUUCAGCUGAGAGACUUUAUAAGCAAGCCCAUCUUAGCGAAGGAAGAUCCCAUCAGAGCGGAGGAAGAGCUGAAGAAGAUCCGCGGGUUCUUGGUGCAAUUCCCGCUUUAUUUCUUGUCUGAAGAAAACCUACUGCCUGCGGUUGGAACCAAGGAAGCCAUAGUGCCCACGGAGGUUUGGACUUAAGAAUUAUAUUUGUUUGCAGCCCAAGGGCUUUACCCUGACGAGUACACUGCACACAGUGACUUUCUGGAGACCUAACAGCCAAAGCCAGACGCAGUGCACUCUUGUAUCCCACCCGUAGACCCUUUGGAUUGGCUGGGAGGGGCUGCAGUUGCACUGAUGUGAGGACAGUGAGCAUCAGCAGGGCUCUGUAACGCCUCCUGCCUGUCCUUGUGAAAAAGGGACUGCGUUCUGAGGUGCAGAUAUCCAACAGGUUAAACACAUACUUAAAUUCCACAAUGUAUGCCAAAGUGCAUUUUCUUCACUAACAAGAAUUUACCUUAACUGUGAACGACGUUGCCAAA